CACCACUACUUUCUUUUUUAGCAAUUGAUUCGUUUUUUUUUUGGACGCACCUGCGUGCUUCAGCCACAUUUUUGGCCUAAAACAAUUUUUGGCCCCAAACAAUGGAGGCCCUAGUGAAUUAUAGUAGUGAGGACGACCAGGAGGAUGCUGGCUUUCAGAUACGGGCACCACAACAACAACAACAACUGCGGCAUUUGCCGCAUGCUAAAUCCCCGAAAACAACAACUGAUAGCUUAUUAAAGCAGAAGAACAACAAUAACUAUGGCAGCGGCAACAGUCCGCGCGGCAAGGAACGAGAAAGAGAGCGCGAGCGGGAGAGAGAGAAGACAAAGCCGAUGUCGCAGCAGCAGAGUCAUAGGAGCAGCAGCAGAGGACGCAUUGAUGAGUCAAAAACAAAAAACGAAAACAAACCUGACCGACGAUAAUUGACGAUAGCCCGAUCGUAGUAAUCGCUCGAUUACCAAUAGCUUCUUCGAUAGUGCGACAAUCGAUCAAAUUUGUUAUGACCACCACUGUGUGUGUAGUCCUGUGUGCGACUCUGUGGCUGUGUUGGUGGGUGUGUGUGAGCCACUGAAAAAGGUAAAAGCAAAUAGAACGAUCACACUCACCACACACAUGCCCGCCCGCACACACACACACACACACAACCACCCACCCAUCCACCCACUCACUCACUCACUGGUGGCGCGAAAGCGAGAGAGAGAGAGAGAGAGAGAGAUAAUGCGAAAGAGAGAUCAAGGCGCACGAAAGAGCCGAAGCCCAGCAGUCGCCACCGCCAGGAGCGGGACAAGGACAGGGAACGGGACCGCGACCGCGAACGUGACAGGGACAAGGACAAGAAGCGCAGCGAUUCAGAACGCAGUCGCGACAAAGGACGCGACAAGAAUCACAGCAAGGGCGACCAUCGCCACCAUCGUACCAAAGACGGCGACAGCCACAGAGAGCGGGAGCGGGAUCGUGACCGGGAGAGGGAGCGAGAUCGCGACAAGGAUCGGGACCGUAGGCGUUCGGAGAAGAGCAGUCGCCACCACAGUGGCAAGGAACGCCAUCAUCAUCAUCACAACAACUCAUCGUCAGCCGCCGCUGCAGCGGUCAGUGCAGCAUCAGUCCGUCGAUCCCAUGAUGAACGCAGUCGUCGUCGCCGGGACUCUCGAUCCGGUUCCCGCACACCAACGGGCACGCCGCCCUCUCGUCGCCGCCAUCAGUCGCAACAGUCACGCAAAUAUCGCGAACGCGACUCCAGCAGCCGCUCCAGAUCUCCGAAGGAAGAACAAGCCACAACACUUCGCGGUGGAGCUGUGGCCGGAUCUCAUAUGCUGCUCGCUAAAUCAGGCGGCGGAGCAGGAUCAACGGCAACUAAUGCAACAGCAGCGGCGAGGGUUGCAGCGGCCGCUCUGGUAGCUGCCAAUGCAACAGCCGCAGCCAUGGCAGCCGGUUCAUCCGGCGGCGGUGGCGGCGGUCUCCUGCCCACGCCCAACUAUGCGCCCAAGAUACCCUCGCUGAUGUCCUUGGAGCUGAGCACACCAGCGGCAGCAGCACCAGUCGCAGAACCCAUCCAGCUGCCCAGUUACUACAAUCCGAGCAUCAUCAAUGCCAAUCGCUAUGCGGAGCAGCAGCAGAAGCGCAAGCUACUGUGGGGCUCCAAGAAGAGCGAGAACUCGGCGAACAAGUGGGGCAACGCGCACUUCUCCCAGGACUCCGACGGCAAGGUGGCCUCCAAGUUUAUGCGGCUCAUGGGUAUCAAGAACGCUGGUACGUCCGGCAAUGACGAUGGCAAGGGCGGCCAGGCGGAGUCCACCAAUGGAAGUGCAGCAGGCGAGGGAAACCGCGCAGUAAGAGGUGCUGCGCCAUCGGGAGCCGCUGGCGGAACGAAAGUGCCCACGGACGUGCAGCAGCGCCAGCGCAUGUUCUCCAACAUGGAGCAGCAGUACGAGAUGGCGCGAGCCGCCACACACACGAUGCGUGGCGUGGGGCUUGGUUUCGGCUCCCAGCCACGUACUUUCUAGAAGGGAUCGGAACGGAGGAGGAUCGGCUCCCUGCCAGGCUGUAAAUACCAUGCCACUCACUCAACUCAUUAGUCAGUCAAUAUGUUUCUCCUCAACAACUUUUUGUUUGUGUUGAGAAAAUUUUUUGUUUUUUUGAUUUCAAAUAAACGUUGCAACAGAAUUUAUGAAGUG